ACUAUCUUGGUAUUGUUAAUAAGCUUCGGCGGUAUUCAAAAAGUCCAUCUGUACGUUAUUUCCAACCCCCAUCAGUGGACGAUACCCUAGGAGCGUUGCCUACGUGUUACACACCUGAAGGCGCUCUGUGCUUGUGGUUGCUCAACAAAUUAAGAGGCUCAUAGCCUAUCAGAGGUAUGUUUUCAUAUUUUGCCAAUAACCAUAUUCACUAAGUCAAGCCUUCCCAACCGAGUUAUCCAACUUUGUUACGCAGAUAAGUGACAGGAAAACCAUCGUUUUUAGACCCAUAAUUGUUUAUGUCAGCUAAAACAAUCCUGCUGUAGUUAUCUGUAAUACGAAUAGCGCGAUGAAUAGACUCCAACGAUUUUUGGAUGAAAAUGUAGAAGCUAUAAGAGUAAGACCAGAUUCUUGUUCUAAAUAAUCCAGUUAUUACCUACAACGUUCUUCGUAAUUGGAGUAUAUCUUCUCGGGAGGCAUUUUUAUAUCGUAAAUAAAGCUGGUUCAUGCGUAUAUUCAUUCAGUUUACUAAGUUUAACUCCAUCCACUCGAUUCCAUCUGUUGUAUACAGUCGCCAGAUACAUCUAAAAGGUUUAGUUAAAUCUAUAAGUCCUACGGGUGAAUUGGAGAUCUUACAUGUGCCUAAGGUUAAACUGCCUUUCCGAGUCCCUUAUGGUACGUUGUUUUUAAGAAAAUUACAUUAUAGGUAAUGCCAUGAAGAUUUGUAUUCCUGUGCAGCAUUCCGGUCAAAGUAUACAAUGGUUGAAGCAAAAUAUACACCCAGGUGAACGUGUCGUUUUCAUCCCUGUAAAACCAAUUUUCGAGAAUGCAGAACUGCUGGCUAUAAUAUACAAACGAUGCUAUUUUUUAAAAAAAGAUAUAUCUUACCACCUAUUAGUCAAUGGAAUAACCAACCACAAAAGCUUCAGUGAUUUGCCAGAUAACUUUCGCAAUAAGUACUCCUCGGCUAUAUCGAAAGCAAUUCGAAUGAAACGGGGUAUUUGGCAAGAAGACUAUAAAGUGUGGAAAUCUUGUAAAUUAUUUUUCCAAAAGAUAAAACAACUCGUGAACUUGUAAAACUGACGAUUUAGUCUUGUUAAUAUACAGUUUCUAUUUUACUUUUCUAAUUAUGGUGUAACAUGUUGAACAGUGUGA